AUGCGCUGGCCGAUGGUCUCGGAGCAGUUCGGACCCCACCUCUGCAACACGGAUGUCUUCAGUGCUCAACCUAGCCACUCCGCCGACGACCAGCCGCACCGACGCUGGCAGGAUUUCCGCAAGCGCGUCAUCGAGCACAACGUUCGGGUGGUCGCCAAGUACUACACUCGCAUCCAGAUGGGUCGGUUGACGGAGCUGCUCGACCUGACCGAGGAAGAAACGGAGAAGUACAUCAGUGAACUGGUUACGUUAAAGACCAUCUAUGCGAAGAUCGACCGUCCGGCGCGACUGGUCAACUUCGCCAAGCCCCGGGAUGCGGAUGACGUCCUGAACGAAUGGAGCAGCGACAUGAAGAGUCUCCUGGGACUUUUGGAGCGCAUCGAUCACUUGAUCACCAAGGAAGAGAUGAUGGCCCGGAUUCUGCCCUCCCGCGGCGAGAAGGGCAAGGCUCGCUAA